GUAAGUGAUAAGUCUACUACGUCUCACUAUGGUGCUGUAAGUGUCCUGGAUGUGUAAAAGUUGGCUGUAGGUAUAGCUUCCCCCCUCUCAGGGUUUUGCAGCUUUAAACAGUCCACAAUGCCUUGCGGUGUCCCAGUUCCAGUGCCGUGUAUUUACCAGCAGGAGUAAUGAAACGGGGGAGAGGGGCUUUUUCCGCAGCCUACCGGAGAGACCGCUAAAGACUAGCGCAAAGAGGGGACACAAACUUUCGGACUCAGAUCCGAAACGUCAAAUAUCAGGGGUGUUGGAGUCGUGUUUUUUGUCGCCCUUUGUUCUGUUUUCCCCCCAAUAGCCUAACGUUACUUUGUCGCAGUUCAUGGGAAGUGAUUUACUGGGCAAUGGUGAAGAGGAACAAAUUUUGCGGAUUUCUCGCCUUUACCUGUGUUUUCAGCCGAAACUUCACUUCGGAGGGGAAACACUAAGCGGAAUCCUAUUUGCACCAGAGAGGUAAGAGCAUUAGACGGACCUAAUAAUAGCAGACUGUGCUGCGGCUCAGUCCGGCGUAGUUGUAAGGCUGAGAUAACGGAAACAUUUCUGUAGUAGAAGAGUUGGGCUACUCUCUCAGCCCACUACAGACCAUUAUCGCCAUUUCUACUGCCUCGUCCCACUCCCAACCCAACAGUGUGUGCUUAAGGUACAGUUUAAAGCUGAGAGACAUGUAUGUAGCAUCUCUGCAGGAUGAAGAAAAUAGACUACAUGCUUUUAAUUCUGAUUUAGUUUGAGAAAAAGGUCCCAUUUGAAGCGUUUUUAGACUAUUAUCAGUUCAUUUACUCAAGUCUGGGAUUCAUUUUUACUCACAUUUUGAAGCCUACUGUCUGUCUCAAGGUUCAGCAACUUAUCUCCAACAAUAACUCUGUAGCUUCAAAUAUCUUUACACAGAGCUAAUAUUGUGAACGUUAUGUAUAAAGCCCCUCACAGUCAUUCCUAACAAAGCUCCAGUGCUGUACUAUACUAAGUCUACAACCCACUCCAGGUGAAGCACCAACCUGUGGAGUGGCUACAUUCAGCAAAGAUUCAUGUAUUUCACUCUCAAGCUGUGUGAAAAGAGGAUCCUGGUGUUCAGUGGUUCAGCUUCAUGAAGACCAGGCUGCAGAGAACUACCUCCAGACUGGAAAAAUACGUUUUGCCACUUCUUUGUAUUUGGCUGUAUCCAGCUGCUCCUGCAAAACCAUUUCAGCUCUCUAAAUGCUACCUUGGUAGACUGUGAUUCAGCACCAGAUGAUGUUUUGCAAACAGCUGUAAGAUGUAAACCUAUCGUCCAGAGGCCUCCAGUUUCCCUGCUGUGCUGCUGCCCUGCUGCCCUGCUGCAGGAGCAUGCUGCCUGGUCCUGCUGCCUCUUCAAAGCUGGCCAGUGAGCAGUGAACAUGGCAAGCGAACAAAGGCGGCAUUAUUGCUGGCUAAACGUGCCGUCCAGAUGUUCAAGCCCCUGCCAGAACUGACCUCCCAAAUGGGGGGGGAGUCUGCUCCAGCGCCUAAUAGUUUAAUAUCAGCCAGAGAGAAGGAGGAGGAAGGCUGGCUGCGGGGCAGAGCCCUUGGAGAGCUCCCAGGACCUGAGGGUGCAGUCUGUAGCGUGACAAGAUCUGAGUUUAAUCCUAAACACCACAAUAUAAAGACUGGAGCUUCAGAUUUAGAGUUGAAGUUCUGAAGAUGCCCUGAGGGAUUUUUCAGUCCUCCUCUGUGUGUAUCUUGGAUUUCUCUGAUACCUUAAUCGUCUGGGUCACAACAGACCUCAUGAAGGUUGAAUCAAGUACCUCUGAUUGGAAUUACUGACACUGGCUUUUAGCUUUUGAUUAAGCAGUGGCACAGUGUCGCCUUUAAUUGCUCAUUAAUUGACACUCAUCUUUACUGGAGGCAUUAGGUCCUGGAGGGUAUGCAAAUGAGACGCUAAAGAGGGUGCUGGCAACGUGCACAGUAGAAGAAGUGUGGUGUAAAUUCAUGAAAGAAUAGGAGUCGUAUCAGACUGUUCAUCAGAUUUUUCAAUUUGAGUUUAGCACAUUAAACUUCCAAAGGCAUGCUGGCUGAUCUGCCAGUAAUUCUUCUGUUGAAAGAUCACAGAGCAGCUCUCUUGUCUCCAAGUCAUGGCCCAUUGCAUUCUCACAGCACAGGAAUGCAUACCAACGACGUUAUCAGAUUCCUCUCUACAGGAUCAAGGCCUGUAUCAGGCCACAGUCUCUGCCCUGCUCUGGAACGUUUACAUUUGUAGAGGGUGUUGCAUACAAGGCGGGCUGGCAAGCUAAUGAUAAGGAACUUCUUUAUCUGGUUCCCACGGAAAGACCCUUAAUUUUUAACCACUGGGGGCUCUUUUCUGAGCUUGUGUAGCACUAAUCCUUAACUUUUGCCAUCCUGGUGUGUUUUGGGCCUCGGGAUUAAACUUGGCUGUACAAUUUGAUGACAAUCUCCAAGAAUUGAAAGCAAGAAAAAGAUUUCUCCGGUUAGUUCCAACCUGUGCCACAAAAUUAAACCAGCGUCUUGCUGCUCAGAAAUCCAUUUCACAACAGAUCUGUGAACAAUUAAAGCAGGGUAUAAAUUGCUGGUAAUUACAUGUUGCACUAAGGGGAGCGCAAUUUGAAUUAAAGUUUGGUUAGCGAGAGGCAAAGAGGUUUAAGUACUCUAACAGACUGCUGUCACUAUAAGCAGUCUCCCAUUGUCUUUAAUUAAAAGCAGCUUGGGAGAGUUUGAGCAUGUCAGAAACCUUCUAUUACAUAUUAGCUUCUUGUUUAAUUUGAUUCCUCGAACUGCAAUGCCUCGACUUCUGUGUUUUUUCCUCACAGAACAAUGGUCUGUAAGUUUGGAAAGGAACCAGGGUGUAACAGAGUCCAUGUUUUGAGGCACUACAUUUCCUAGAGGAUCCUUUUUCCCGGCUUGUUUUGGUCACUUCCCUGCAGGCUUUCUCCUGAUUUAAGCUCAGUCUUUGCUCUGUUUGAUGCAAUGAAUACCCAUUUUAUUUUCCACUAGCACUCCCUUCUCCUGCUGUUUUAACUGCACGACUCUCAGACCAGUUUGAGAUGCCCAACCAAGUGUAAAACCCAAAACAAAAGCAGUGCUAUAUUUAAAGUCCUACAGCAGAAACUGCUACAGUAUAUGUCAUCAUGGUGUACAUUACAGGAGAGUGCUGGAACACCCACAGGAGCAUAUGGUAGGUUGUUUACUCCAGCAACCCAUUGAAGCUGCUUCCCUGCCAGCUCGGUGUGCUCUGUAGGCCUGGAGAAGAGUCAGCAGCAGCAGCCGGCAGUCCAGGCUGCUCAGCGCUGCUCACACACCUCACUGCUCUCAGAAGAAUGCAUCUUGAGUCAACACCGCUAAACUAAUAUGAAGCUGAAACAAAUGUCCUCUGGAGUCAUGGGGGGGUUUGAGUUUGCCUGCAGCUGAUCAUCUUUUAACUGUGCUUAAGUAGAAUUCAAGAUAUCAAAGCCCUUCCUCCUGGCAGAUGAGGAGCAGAGCAAAUCAGGGAGUGGGCAUCUCCCCAGGCUGGGGCUUUGACAGGCUGAAGGAAUGGAGCCUGCAGCUCAGGAUGGCAGGCUGCCCCACACUGCUGUGCUUGUAUCACCAGUAUGGUUUUCUGGGCCCAUGUUAAUGAAUAUAAAUGCUUAAAGACUGGACUGGAGCAAGUGGCAUUUACAAACGCCUGCUGAGCCUUGUUGGGCUUUAAGACGGAUCAGAAGGAGCUCACUUUAAUUUGGAUUUUUUCAUCUUCUUACCUUUUUUUUGAGUCUUAGUCUUUUUUUUUCUAUUUGAGUAUACAGUUUUGGACACAGUGGUCCUUUUUAAGCCUCCUGACUCUUCCUCAUAGUCCCCCUUCCUUGGCUAAUCCAUCAUGUCUGCUCUGCAUCAAGUCUCACUCUCCUACUAUUUCUGUUUCCAAACCCGUCCCUGGGUUUUGGGUCAGUGCAGAAAAAUUUUGCAGUCUGCUUAUGUGAAGGUCUCCUAUACUUUUAGCCCUUAAUGUUAUCUAAGGACAGUGUGAAUCGAGGACAAAAGCACUAUCUGAGCAGCUGUGACCAGGCCAAGAACAGAGAGAUAGAGAGCAAGGCCACAGAUAAAAGUUAGUCCUCAGCAUGUAUGCAAAUGCAAAAGCUGCAUGUAGUUUCUCUUGAAACUCUGAGUUUUUAACAGAAACUCUAGAGUCUCUAAAUCUCUGAUGACUGCUAACACUUUCCUUUAGUUUCUAUUGAGAGCUAUCGCUAUGAGUCCAUUAAAUCUUCAACAUUAAUCCAAAAACCCAGGUGAAAAAACAAAGUAAUACUCUGCUGAUCUUGAAACAUAUUUUUACUUGCAUUGCAUAAACUCCUCUCACUUUGAUUCAAAAUGUCAUCCUGGGCUUUGGGAACUUAUGACAAGCACCGUUGACCUUUAUUUUAAGGUCAACAACAACAAAUCAAUCAGCAGAACACUGAUGUAUUAAUCAAUGAUGCAGAUGAUCAUUUGUUGUCGUUUUGCCAAACUCACAGCGCUCCCUAAUGUCUUCACCAUAUUUAUAGAAGCGGUCAGUGGAGGGGGUGACAGGCUCGUGUGGGUGACUUUGUGAGGCUGAAGAGGGAAAACCAGGGGUGGGGGAGGUGGGGGAGCUGUAAUUGGUGGGGGUUGGCAAACAAAAGGACCUUUUGACUGGGUGGUGUAGUUGCAGUGAAGGGUAGAUCUGUGGAGAGAGUGAUAGAGAUCAGGAGAGAUGCCAUUCAUUCUCUGCCAGCACACUGUCCUUGAAGGACGCUUUGAAGGGUUUCUCUCUGUGGAUGGGUGUUUCAUAGACUGAGUCAGUAAUUAUUACUCUCAGCUUUAACAAGGAACUUAAUAAUCAGACACCAGUUCACAUUUAAAUAAUGUUUUUUUUUAGCCUUUUGGUUUGCCUCAGCCAUCUGUCAGUCGGAUCAAGAAACUUUCACACGAGCCCUUUUAUUGCCUUUUUGUGUUUAUAUUUAUACUCUUCUCCUGAAAGGAUAAAUUGCGUACUAUCGUAUAUUUCCUGUGUUGCACAAUCGUAAUAAAAACAGUGAGAUCUGCUCCGCUUUCUUAUGUAACAAUUCCUCAGCUCUCCCUUUUCAUUUUUUAAUAACAUUUUCAUGCUGUCUUGUUUCCCUUUCUGUUCCCAUCCUCGAUCUGUCGCUGACUUAAUCUUCCUGCUCUUUCUUCGCUGCUUCUGGGUAAAUCUCUGCACAAAAGCAGGAACUGCACUUGGGAAUGUCUGCUGGUAGACCCUUCCUGCACCCCCAACAGACACAUACCUAUUCAUAGAGAAGAACAAAACAACUGCGCUACGGCCAGCUGGUCCUGGCAGCCUGGCAGUAAGAGUCCAUCUUAACUGGACCAUCCUUCAUUCAAGAGCGAUCGCCAACAAAGCUGGACUGUAUUUUCUGCUUAUUUCACUGCCUCUCUCAGCGGAUCACAUCACAGGUGAAACUGUUUGCAGUCUGUCUGUCAUUUGGGACACACAGAGCGUGUUACCGCCGUGUCCUUGAGUACAUCCUGACUAACUGUUUCCUGUUUUCCCUCUUGUUUCCUCCCCAGUGAAGCAGCCGGAGGGGCUUCAGCUGCCUUGCACCACUGGAGCCUUCAAUAAUGUCGGGGCCAACACACCACAACCGGCCCCCUCGCUUCUGACCUAACAUGGAGCUAAAGGUCUGGGUAGAUGGAGUCCAGAGGGUCGUCUGCGGGGUCACAGAGGCAACCACCUGCCAGGAAGUGGUGAUUGCUUUGGCUCAGGCCAUAGGUAGAUCAUUUUCAAACACACACACUUACACACAGAAGAAGACCUUGUCAUAGCAAAGCUUGAGUAUCUCGUGUUUACCAUGUUUUUCUACAUCCGUGGGCUGCUUUUAGAAACACUGAUGCGUCACAUUGUUUCCUGAUGACAAACAGUGUGGGGACAUGUUUCAGUUUAGACCACACCGUUUAUAUUAGAAAACACCGGAGAGUGCUGUUGUUACACUGGACAUUAGAUGACACUGAAGCAGGAAGGUUGAUGAAAGUCAAGGCGGUGAACAUUUUUGAAAUGAAAACUUAGAGUGUAGUUCUUGUGUGCUUUUUCAUGUUUGACUUCUCGUGUGGAGUAAAAAAUAAUUUGCUUCCUCCAGUGUGAUAAAUAAAGGUCCCUUUUCAUGUGAAUUUACAAUUUUUUAACACUUUAAAAUACACUUUCUGGAAAGCUACAUCUGUGUUGUACUCCAAAUUUUCAAAUCAUGUGCCAAGCAACAACUGAAGCGGCAGUGAGCUCUCCAAAUUCACACUGCCUCUUGUAACCUAGAAAGUAGUCGUCUUUCAGGCCCCCCUGCCUACAUGCUGCUCCUGCAAAGAUCCAGUGGGUACUAAUCAGAGGAUGUGUUGGUAGGUUCUUAGAUCUCAGCAAUCCCCCCUUUGCCAUAUGGCUCCUUUAGGAGCGGGGGCACUCGAACAGGCUGUAUUGACAUCACUUCCCACAAAGCACAAAGUAGGAGGAGGGAAAGUCUGACUCAUUCCUCGAUCUCCUGCCAAACUGAGAAAGCCUGGCGUCUGAAUCCCCUCCUCUGCCUUUUUCUGUUGAAAUCAUAUACACCACUUUAAAUAAUCAGACAUCAGUAUUGAUUUAGUGCUUUGGCAUUUGACCGUGUGUUUCUGUCUACACACAUAUAGCAGUGUUAGGGUUUUCUUUGAAACACAUUAAUACAUGCCUUUCUUAUGCAGAAUAAUGGAGUGUCAUCUGGAAGGGUUAAUCCACUGGAGGACACUCUUCUCUUCAAAUCUGUGCAGCCUUCAGCCUCUGUCAGCCAAUUGUUCUAUUUCCCACUCCACACUUUGAGUAGUGUGGUUCAAACAAGAGGCUCUUAUUUCACUAAACUACUAUGAGCUGUGUUCAUUUACCACACUCAGAAAAGGUUGUUGAAAUUGUUCAAGUGUUGGGUUGAUAUUGAGAGUUUUUCUAAAUGUAGGAAACAGUUUUCUUCAUAGUUUCAUGUAGUCAUGAAGUGUUGUUGUAUCAUUUCAUACGUAUGUUUUAAUUUCUUAAUCUCUUGAAGCAUCCUUAAAAACUGGCACGGAUAUUAACUAGCAUGAUAAGCCUGGUUUUUGUCAUUUGUGCUGUUUAUAGGUCGCACUGGAAGAUACACUCUGGUGGAAAAAUGGCGGGACACAGAGCGUCAUCUUGCUCCUCAUGAGAGCCCUGUGGCCUCUCUGAACACCUGGGGUCAGUAUGCAGGUGACGUCCAACUGAUCCUGCUCCGCACAGGCCCCUCCCUGACCGAACGACCUCCCUCAGAAGGUCCCCCUCUCAGGGGGCCUGAACGAGGGCUACACCGGCAGAGCCUCCCUCCGCUUGCAAAGCUUCGUCAUCCUAACGAUCGCUCCCUCAGGCGUCGUGAACCACGCCGCAAGUCGCUCACGUUUACUGGUGCUCCUAGAGGCCUCAGGGAGAUACUGAGUGGUGGCAGGAUUGUUGAGGCAGAGGCAAAAAGAAGGAUUUUCCUGGGAAAUGGUGGAAACCACCAUCAUGCAGGACCCCCCAUGGGGACUACAUCUCCAGGCCUGUGGGCUUGUCGCAUGGAAGAUCUGGUCAGACUGGUGGGUAUACAGAGAGAGACUCUCGGUGUGCUGGAGAAGAAGCUGGAGGCCUAUGAGGCAGAGCUCCAGGUGUGGGCUGGAGGGGGGCGAGGUGGAGGAUGCAUUGGGGACCUAGGCGUAGGAGGAGGAGGGCUGAUAGAGGAAAUCUUAAGGCUGGAGAAACAUCUGAGGAAGAACGAGGUGGAAAUGGAGGAGGAAGAGUUUUGGGCUACGGAACUGCAGAUUGAGCUGGAGAGUGAAAGACAGCUGGAGGAGAGACUGCAGGAGCUGCGAGGGCGUCUGCAGGGCUGUGAGCUGGAGAUUGAAGAAAAGCUGGCAAUAGUACAGGUGUGCUGUGUGUGGGAGAUUGUUCUGAUGUUGAGUUCUCAAAUAUUUUGAAAGGAAGUUAUAGUAAAAGAUUAUGAUUUGUGGAUAUCCAGCUUUUACCAGUUUUUUCUCAUCAUGUCUAUCUUAUUUGAUUAUCAGGGCGUAGAGGCUGGCCUGGAAGAGGAGCGGCUGCAGAGGGAGCGACAGGAGACCCAGUGGGUGACCGAGGCAGAGGCCCGGGCUCAGGUCCUCAGGGUCAAAGCAGAACUGAAGGCUCAAGAAAGACAAGCUGUCCAGUUGGAAAGCAGCUGCAGAGCGGUCGACAGAUCACUUGGACAAAGCAGCAAGAAGCUGCUGGUGAGACACUACCAUGCAUCUAAAUCUUAACACUUCAUGUUGUACCUCUUGUAUUGCAUUGUAGGGAAUAAAAAUACCAGGGUUGUGCAAAGACAGAAAGCCUGUGCAAUACAAAGGCAAUGACUGUCAAGAUAUUUGUACAUUUAAUCUAAAAAAACACAGAAUUUAGAAAAUAAACCUUAUGCAGAGAACUAUGUUUAUAUAUCUUUCUUGUGCACAAAGUAAUGUCUCAAAGUUUUCUUCCAUUUACUCAAGAAUUAAAACACCUCUGUCUUAAGACUGAAUGUGGAGAAUGGCUUAAUGAUGGAUUUCAUGGCAUGACUUAGUACUUAGUGUUCAAGGUUGGACUGUGAGUGUUAGCUUUACCAUUGCAAGACGCCAGCUUCGAAGUGGUAUCACCAAUGUGUGUGUGUGUGCGUGUGUGUGAACGUCAGGGUGAACAAACACAGUCUUUUAUCAUCUGUAGCUGUGGAUGUCAGUUUUGAGUUGCUGCCAAUACCUCAUGGUUGCUGAAGAAUCACUCUCUUGUGCUGUUUCUUUGAAGGACAUGCAGCACGAGCUGGAGCAGCUGACCAAGGAGCUGAGGCAGGUUAACCUGCAGCAGUUCAUCAAGCAGACUGGCACCAAGGUCACCGUGUUGCCCGCUGAACCCACUGAGGACGAAAACACUCCAAACAGUCAUGGUAUAGGUGAGUAUAGGGACUCUUGUUUCUAGUCCAUUAAGACUAGUGUGUAAAAUAAAGUGGCAUUUAGUAGAUUGGGAAAUAGACCGGUGGAAAUGGUUUAUGACAUACUGAAGUGUUUUAAAUGAAUAAAAAACUGUAAUAAUUGUGUUUCAUCAGGACACUUCUGGUUAUUCUGUUUCUUAUGACUCAGUUUUGAUUGUGUGUGUAAGAGAGUGUUCUUGUACAGCUAUCUUUCUGAGAACCAACAUUAGAUUAAGAUUCUGGGAGUGAGAAAGGAAAAGUCAAGUGAGGACAUAACUGUCUAAAAAGCCAUCCUAAGGGUUCAGACUUCCUUCUAACGUUCAAGUUUGAAUUAGUUCAGGUUGAAGUGUGAGUGAAGGGCUGCCAUCACUAUGUCAUUAUGUCCACAAGUGUCUUCACAGCUAAUGGAGCACAAACACACGUAAGCAUCGAAGAGACCAUGAUGGAGAAAAUUAGGGUAUUUGAAGGUACAGAAUCAGCUUUGACUGACUUUUGCCGCAAUUAUAGUCACCAUGCCAACAGCUGCCUGGAUACAAGCAGACCCCGCAUCAUUCAUUCGUCUGACUCUCUGUGUUUCCCCCCUUGCUCCCUCUAUCACUCUGCCCCUCUAUCUCAUGCUCAGCAGUUUCUAUGAUGGGCUCAAUGGACCAAAGCUCUUUCUCCCCCUACAAGGGAGCUGACACAUACACAGAGAGUUCUGAAUCAUGGGAGAGCUGCCAUGGAGCAAAAGAUGCUAUCCAAAUCAACCACAGAACAGCUGCUCAUUAAAACUUAAUAAUUGCAUGUGAGCACCUUUUAAUUAUGAGCAUAAAGUUUGAAUCAGAUCUUCAGGAGUUGUGUUUUGCCUCUUUAUGUGCUUCUUAAUAUGGGACGGCACCUCUUCCUCAGAGCGCUAAGUUGAGAGAAUUGAAGAUCAGGGCUGGAACCUUAACAAGCAUAUUGAAGCUUUUCCAGCAUGUUCACAUAUAAAUCCAAAUCUAAACUUUUAUGCAUCGCUAUUUUUGGCAGAUUUUUGACACUGUUUCUGAGUGAUUUAACCUCCAUUACCCCCAACUAACUUAAAACACUAGAAAUAUAGAGGUUUUAAAGGUGAAUUUUAACCCAUAGGAGCUUUGACACUAUGGUUCACAUUAACGUUAACUUUAAUAUCUUCCCUUUCAUAAAGAGCUUGGUUUGUUUUCUAUCUGCUUCAUGUUGUUCAUCAAUGUCUCUCUAAGAGCUGCAGGUCUUGUUUUUAAAUUUGAGCGAUUUCAACACUGAGAAAUGUUGAACUGUGUGUCCAUGUCCUUCUGGUAACCUUCCAGUUCGUGUGAAAAAAAUCUAAGAGCUUUUGUGCCAUACCAUGAAUUUGCUGCAUCAGCUGAAGCUCUGCACAGCUCUGUGCCGCCCCCUGGUGGCACCAAACCAGAGUCAUCUUUCGGGCUAAAAACAUGUUUUUGAAGGGAACUUCUUCUGUAAUGUUUUUUAAAUAAAAGUGUUAAGAAAAAGUGUGAGAGACAGAUGGUAUCUUUGGAACAAUAUACUUAAUUUAGACAUUUUCUCUUAUUUUCUUCCUUUUUUUCAUGCAUUUCCCCACAGAUUUAGUUCCCCUGACUGGCUCCCUGAAGCGUCCUGUGCCAUCGCACCAGAUCUCCAAUCAUCUUCGGGUGCUUCACAAUCCUCUCAGUUCAGGCCUGAACCCAGAGGGGAUCUAUGUGUGAACAGUUCUACUGUUAGUGGAUAUCUCUGUACUGGAUACCUCAGUAGCACACUCCUAUGCACUGUUGUCUCUGUAAGAUGAAGGCAGCCUUGAGUGUAAGGACUCAAAUAGUGAAGGAAUGAUGAUGUCUUUGAAUGGGAGUCAUGGAGCACUUGAUGGGAAUGAAAGGUGUUUGAAACUCUGAGAAGAAACUCUCUGAACGUGUUAGGACUUUCGUAUCUUAAGCUCUUUUAGACCUCCUUUAUAAACAUAUCCACUCAGUGUACUUUAACUCUCACUUUACCACCUGCUGAAUAAUAUUUGUUUUCUUUCUAGCUUUAUGAUUUUAAAUGAUUGCCUUUCCAACAGCGUUAUUGAGAAUCUAAGUAUGUGAAUAUAUCCUUAAAAAGACAAACACGUAAUAUCUGCAACGUAAACAUUUCACACGGCAAGUUGUGUUUGUGGUUAUUCAGUCUCGAAUCAUUCGUUCUGCAUUUCCGAAUGUAAACCUGUAGCUCUGGCUUUGUUCAUGUUAAAACUAUGCACAAAUGGUAAUUGUUUUGUAUUUUUACUGAAGAAUGUUACUGUCUGUACGUAUACCAAAAUGAUGGCUUACUGUAAAUAUGAUUUCUUACUUUCCAGCUGUAUUCAGUGAACUAUUCUAUUUUAUUACAGGGGUGUGCAUUCAUAGCUAGUGCCCUCAUUCCUGCAGUCAUAUCUGCAUAAUGAAACAGUGUUAAUUAUCCUCUUAAGCUGUUUUUUUUUUCUCCUUUUGUUGUUGUUGUUGUUGUUAAGAUGACACUACAGUAUAUUUUUGCCAAAUCUGUUUUGCUUGUUUCCCUAAAGGAUUGAAGGCCAAAGAUAAGCAGGUCUUGUUGCAUGAUUGUGUCAUUUAUAUAGCCAUAUCUGGAUGUGCAGGGCGACCACAGUACAGUAAAUCUAUUCCUUUAUGGUGAAAAUGGUGGCAUGAUCCAAUGGAUAGCUACAGCUAUAGAGUGGGUGUGAUUGAAAGGAUGUGUAUGUGUGAGUGUGUUAGUACGUGGGAGUUUGCAGAGUUAGAGUAGCCUCAGUGUGGGGCCCCUCAUCGGUAGUUGUUCAGCUGCUAAUCAAAUCAAAGUGCCUUAUACUCAUUCCACAGUCCUUGUAAUCAAAUAAUGUACAGUAAAGCUUUAGUAGAGACAUUGAAGCAAUGAUUGUAGUCAGGUUAGAUCAAAUGUCAUAAACACAGAGAAGUAGAAAUAGCACAGCAGCGAAAAAAGACACAUGUAAUGAUGUUUUACCUGUCAGUAUUUUGUAGAAAUGUCAGUGGAAAGUGCAUCAUGUAUAGUGCUUUCCACUUUGCUACUGUGUUACUGUAGCCAUAGUAAAAUGUGCUGUAAAAUACAUUCAUGUGUAAUCUGAUUUAUUCCAUCAUGCGACAUUUACUGUAUCCUUCAGUCACAAUGUACUGUCCCCAGAGGAUUCAUGGUUAGAAAUAGGUAGUGAAGGGUAGUUCACUCUGUGACACUCAGCGUCUACUUAAGCAGCACGGUGAGUCACUCUGCUGUUCAGUUAAAGGAGACCCUGAUUCAGAAUUAUGUGGGUUUUUUUUUUCACUUUUUAAGUCUGUGUAUUUGGGUGUAAUUUCCCUUUAAGACACCACUUGUGUGCAUUAUCCACCUUGGGAUGAGAGGUAGCUGUGGUCACUGUUUACAACCAUAUAUGUUCUGUAGAACUUUAAGAUGUCGACUGUACAUAAUCUGUUUUUAUUGUUUCCUGCCUUAAAAUACUGCAAAUCGUUGACUGAUGUAUGGCUGUAACUGGCUGCUGGUAUGACUUUGAUUGCAUGAUUCAAUAAACCAUCUAACUUAAUGAAAUUUGUCA